GCCAAAGGAGUUUGGUCGCCAGGCGACUAUGGCACCGAAGGUCUCGACGCCACCACAGCGAGGGGCGGCCCCGCAACCGACAGUGGCGGAUAUCCUCAAGCAGCUCCAGCAGCAUGUCAAGGCGGACGCAGGUGCGCAGGAGCUGCAGGCCUUGGUCAGGGUUGUGGCGCCGCCCGCGCCUGCGCAGCCAGCCCGCCAGCCGCUGUUGGAGGAGACCAUCAGUGCGAAGGGACUGGCGUGCACGAGGGCGGAGAAGGCCCUGGAACAUGCGGUCCGCCAGGAGGAUGAGGCGCGGCGCUGGCUGGCGGAGUGCAGCCAGAAGACCCAGGAGGCGGCAGUUUGGGCGGUGCAGGCCAAGACUGCCUGGCAAGAGGGGCUCAAGGUCGAGCUGCAGAAGGCCCGUGGCUCGACGCCUGGUGUGGGGCCUCCGCCAGAUGCGGUGCAUAUGCCGACUGGCUCCCAGAUCAACCUGUCGCAGGUGCUGGGGGAGGAGAGUGGCUUCGAAGGCGUGGAGAUCGUGGACGGCGAGGCUCUCGACCUCAGCGAGCCCGAGAUUGAAGACGAGCCCCCCUCGCAAGUGGAGCAGCAGAAGACCGAGCCAGCGAUGCCGGCCGCUCGCCGCAGCGGGCUGGUGCCUGCCUCGCUGGUCGCGGCGGCCACUGUGGCUUCCGUCUCGCGCACGUUCGUUGCGCAGUGGGCGCCUGCGUCGCGCUCUGGGCGGACGGCCGUGCGGGGCUUCAAGGAGGACUUCGAGGCGUGGAGGGGGUCGCUGACGCCCGAGGAGAGCACGAUGCUCAAGAAGCAGGCGGCGGGCGAGUUCAACAAGAAGUUCCGCAAGUCCGACGAGUUCAAGAAGGACCUGCCGGACGAGAAGGUGCAGUCCUUCUCGAAGAUUCUCGGCAAGUUCUUCGAGGCGGAGGCCGACGACUACAAGAAGGAGCCGGGGUCUGAGGCCCCAGACCCUGACGGCCUGCUGUUCAAGGGCACCGAGUCCAAGAUGGACUUCAGGCUGAAGAGCCGGAUCGUCGAGAUCGACCGCGACGCGGAGCGCCGCUACCAUUUCGCCGCGUUGAGGACCACGCACGCCGCGUACAGGGGGGAGUUCUGGCCGAGCAGCUCCCCGAUGAAGGACGUGUACUAUUUCCAGAACAAUGACACGGACUCGCACGACAUGUUGGUGAAGGCGGUCGAGAAUGCGGGGGUGCCUGUGGAGGUUCCUCCAGUCGGCGAGAGGUUCAGCCUGGUGCUUCCCAGAUGCUUGUUUCAAGAUAUCAACGAGGUCGGCGCCAAUCUCAUUGCCUGGAAGGAGCAGUUUGGCGUUUCGGAUGACGACUACAAACAGGCGGUCGAGAAGGUCACCACCGACUUGAUUUUGGGAUACUAUAAGGCCCGCGAGACGAUUGAGAAGGACGUCACGGACAUGAAGAACUUCUUCAAGUCUCAGUCGAAGGAUCUGUACAAGACCAAGGCCGAUGUUAUGAAGGAGAUCUGGAGGGUGUUCGAGGAGAAGUCUGGCAAGAAGAUGCCCCCGCUGGAUGAGGAGUUUCUGGCGGACCUCGAGCAGAUUCCUGCCGUGGACGAGGUCUCCUUCAGGCACCCCUGGGGUAUCGCAGACAAGCUGUACAAGUCGGAGGCCAUCGACGCCUUCGGCUUCAAGUACCUGCUGGGCGUCUUCGAGACCGUUCCGGAGGCCGAGGCGGCCUUCGACAGCUGGAACGCCGAGUUCGAUCAGGCGCGCGCGGACAUGGAGAAUGAGCUGGGCCAGUGGAGCAAGCAGGAGCAGGCGCGCCUCGACGCAGACACCGCCGGCCAGGAGGCCAUGAAGGUCGUGAUGGAGCAGGGCAGGCCGCCCCUCGGCAUCGGAGCCGCACGCGCGGCUGGGCGGCAGAAAGGCGGGUGGACCAUG